AUGAGUAAACAAUUAAUGUACCUAAAACAUCGGUUCACAUUCUGGGAGCGCCAGGGAGUGGCCGGUCACGAGGGACUGGAGCCCUCUAUUUUAAAGCCGGGUUUCGUACACGAGAAUGAUCUGAAAAAUUUCCAAGAGUUUGGUCACAUCUAUGGCUACUACGAGUUCUUCAGGCGGGGGCUUGUGAUCAACGAUCCCGAUGUGAUUAGGGAUGUGUUUGUCCGCCAUUUCGAUGUGUUUCGGGACAACCGCGAGAUGUACUUCGGGGAGGACUCAAUCAAUUUGAAUCUCUUUAACCUGAAAGGGGACGACCGGUGGAAACGGAUCCGUAGUGUCUGUUCGCCGGCGUUCACCUCAUCCAAGAUGAAGGCUAUGAUGCCGUACAUCGAGAUCAUUGGCGAUGAGUUUGUCCACAGUUUGGGGCAUCUGUUUGAUGAGACACAGACUAAUGGUAGCAUUGAAUUGGAUGUGAAAAGGGUUUUGUCGGCUUUCCUGACGGAUGCCAUCAAUUCAUUUGCAUUUAGCAUCAAAACCAAUGCACUGAAGGAUCCAAAUCAACCGAUUGUGGAGUUCGGGCGCAAAGUGUUUGCCGUCGAGUCUAAGUUCUCAUUGAUUUUGUCCGUAAUGUUGCCAAAUGUGGCCAAACUAUUACGAGUGCAGCCCUUCCCCACCGAUGCGAUCAAUUACUUCAAAGAGUUGACCCAUAAGUUAGUCAAAGAGCGGGUCGAAGAAAAUCUCACCGAAAGUAAGAAACGCAAAGACUUUCUGCAGAUAAUGAUUGACGCGAACCGAGAGUCGGACGACGCGCUCGUCACCGACGACAUCAAAGAGAUCUUCGAGAGCCACGACAUACCGGAGCCCAAACCCACGGCCGGCCAGACACUGUCCACCAUUGAGAUGACCGCACAGUGUAUACUGUUUUUCGUCGCCGGCUUCGACACGACCACCUCAGCCCUGGCCCACACACUGCACUACCUGUCCAAACACCCCGACAUUCAACGCAAACUGUACGACGAGGUGGAGUCGGUCGCCGACUUCAGCGCUGACACUCUGGCGACCCUUCCCUAUCUGAACGCCGUGAUCCACGAGUCGUUACGAUUGGCACCGCCUGUCCUGCGAGUGGAACGGGUGGCCAAACACGACAUCACACUCAACAACAUCUUAGUCCCGGCGGGCACUAUAUGUACGGUAACGCCGUAUACGCUGCACCGGGACAGUAGGUGGUGGUCGGACCCGCACACGUUUAACCCGGACAGGUUUGUGGACUCACCGUUGCCACACCCGUACGCACUGUUACCCUUUGGUGGCGGUCCCCGCAUGUGUCUGGGCAUGAGGUUCGCCUUAAUCGAGAUGAGGCUAUGUUUGACAAAAUUGGUGCAAAACUUUCGCUUCAAAACGAGUGCCUCUGACCCACACCUCGAGUAUUAUAUGGGAAACGCUUUCUUCUCUCCCAAAGAAGUGGUUUUGGGUCUCGAAAAGAGGGAUAAAUAAGUGAUAAAUGUUGCCAUUUAUGGCAUUGUAUUCAAGUGUAGUAUUACUGCAAUAGUUUUUAAAACAGUUUUAUUUAUGAACAUAUGACUGAUAAAAUAAAUUAAUAAUUAUAUUUGUGACUAACUUACUGUA